AUGAUUAUUACUAGAAUUCAACUGAACUAUGAUACGAGAGAAAGACAAAUGAAGAUGUGGAGUGACUUGAUCUUAGCUUACAGCAAAUCCAAGGGUCUUUACUCUAUUUCCUUGGGAGAACUUUACAACUCUCCCAUCACUCAGAACUCUGAAAUCAAUCGCAGACUCUCAAUGGACUCUAUUUUGUAAGUAUCUGAGUGGAUGACUAAAAACAAAUUUGCUGAUUUCGCCUCUGCUUCAAAAGAGAAAAUCUUUGUAUACUGGAGAUCAGUGCAAGAGGUUGCUGAAGCCAUAUUCAAAUGGGCUGAUAAAAAUGCUAAAAUAGGCAGUGUAGAGACUUUGGUAGACAUCUGUGAGGAUGGAGAAAGUAAAGGAGAGAUAUUUCACAGAAUGCCAAUUGAGAUUGUACUUAAAGCUUGCUAGGCUUUGCAAGAGGUUGGCAAAGCAGAGGUAAAGAUAUAAGAAAGUCUAAUAGUCAAUAUAGGUGUUCUAUUCAGAGGCAACAGACGCUAUGGGAGUCAAGUUCUUUCAUCAUUGAAAAUAAGAAUGUAGAGGCUGAAAUGCUCAACUAGUAUCAACUUUGUUGUUUAAGUUUAAUGA